AUGACGGUGGUUGGUGGAGCAGGUGAAAGUUUGAGUGCAAGGCUGGAUGUUUAUAAUUUGGUUGACAAUCCUAAAGAUGUAAAUUUAGAAAUUCCAGAAGCUGAUACAAAAGUAAAUUGUCGUUAG